ACAUCCUCUUCACCUUGGGUCUUUUUAUUUUUAUUUUUAUUUUUUUCCUGGCCGCAAUGGAACUGUAACAUAAAUCAUGUUUGGGUUGAAACCACCUCUCUAUUACUUACCAGGCAUGAGCCAUGAGCCGAAGUCGCCGUCCCUAGGAAUGCUCUCCACCGCCACCCGCACCACUGCCACCGUCAGCCCCCUCACCCCCUCGCCGCUCAACGGCUCCAUCGUCCCCAAUGGCAGCCCGGCAGCCAGCAGCACUUUGUCCGUCCAGGCAGCACCUUCCUCCAGCUUCGCCGCUGCUCUCCGCAAGCUCGCCAAGCAAGCCGAGGAGCCCAGAGGGUCCUCGAUAAGCAGCGAGUCGUCCCCGGUCUCCUCGCCGGCCACCAACCACAGCUCCCCCGCCAGCACGCCCAAGCGCGGCCCCAUGGGUCCCAUCAUCGUGCCCCCGGGGGGGCACAGCGUGCCCAGCACGCCGCCCGUCGUCACCAUCGCCCCCACGAAGACGGUCAACGGGGUCUGGAGGAGCGAGGGCAGACAGCAAGAAGCAGGGUCACGAGGAAGCAGCAGCAGCGGCGGCCGCGAGCGCCUGAUUUCGGAGCCCCCCCUCGCCCAGGAGAAAGCAGGGGGCCCCGCCGUCCCCUCCCACCUCCUGGGGACACCCUACUCCUUCGGGCUGCCCCACAGCUCCGUGGUCCAGGACUCCCGCUUCCCGCCUCUCAACCUGCAGCGGCCGGUCCACCACGUGGUGCCUCCCAGCGCCGUCACCGAGGAUUACCUGCGCAGUUUUCGUCCCUACCACACCGCCGAGGACCUCCGCAUGUCCUCCCUGCCGCCCCUCGGACUGGAUCCGGCCGCCGCCGCCGCUUACUACCACCCCAGCUACCUGACGCAUCACCCCUUCCCGCACCCCGCCUUCAGGAUGGACGAGUCGUACUGCCUGUCGGCGCUGCGGUCCCCCUUCUACCCGCUGCCGGCGCCGGGCUCGCUGCCGCCCCUGCACCCCUCGGCCAUGCACCUGCAUCUUUCGGGGGUACGGUACCCCCCCGAGCUCUCGCACUCCUCCCUCUCCGCCCUGCAGUCCGAGCGCAUCUCCAGCCUCGCCGCCGAGAGGCUGCAAAUGGACGAGGAGCUGCGGCAGAGGGAGCGAGAGCGCGAGCGCGAGCGGGAGAAGGAGCGGGAGCGAGAAGCCGACCGGGAGCGGGAGAAGGAGCGCGAACGGGAGCGGGAACGCGAGAAGGAGCUGGAGCGCGAGCGGGAGAAGGAGCGGGAACGGGAGCUGGAGAGGCAGCGGGAGCGCGCCCGGGAGAAGGAGCUGAGCAUGGUGAAAGCCAUGGAGGGGCCCUUCCUCCCCGUGGCCGAGCUGCAUGGGCUGCGGGGGCACCCGGCCGAGGAGCGGGGCAAGCCGGUGGAGCCGCUGGCGCCCAGCAGAGCAGAGAAGCUCAAGGACUCGGUGCUGCCGACGCCAAAGCCCAUCCAGCACCCGCUGCACCAGCCGCCGGCCUCCCACCACCCCGUACCCAGCCUCAUCCCCAACCACAACGUGUUCCCGCUGCCGGGGAGCAGCGCGGCCACGGCGCUGCUCAUCCACCGCACCAACGAGGAGGAGAAGUGGCUGGCCCGGCAGCGCCGGCUGCGCCAGGAGAAGGAAGAUCGGCAAUCCCAAGUCUCGGAAUUUCGGCAACAAGUGCUGGAGCAGCACCUUGACAUGGGGCGCACCCCGAGCCAGCCCGAGCCGGACCAUCGGCCGGAGCAUCCCAGGUCGGGAUCGAGCCGCCACGAGCCAAGUGGCCGGGAGCCAGGGCAGCACUUCGGCGGACCCCCGCCGCUCAUCUCCCCCAAGCCCCAGCACCACCCCGUCACCACGUCCCUCUGGAACCCCGUCUCGCUGAUGGAGAGCCCCCCCGAGCCCCCCCGGCGCCUCCCCGAGCCCCAUGCCCUCCACGGCCACCCGGCCCCCUUCGAGCCCAGCCGUCAGGGCAUCCCGCUGGUGAAGGUGGAGAGGGUCUUCUGCCCCGAGAAGCUGGAGGAGGGGGCGAGGAAGAGGGAUGCUCUGGAGAAAUAUCCCCCAGCACGGGAGCCCGGCGCCCCGGAGCACGGGGGCUUCACCCACGCUCCCUUCCUAGCUGAGCUGGAAAAAUCCACGCAGAGCAUCCUAAGCCAGCAAAGACCCCCAGCCGCCCCCUUCGUCGAGGCCACCAAGCCCAGCUCGCCCUACCGGCCCCCCCCUCCCCGCGCCCAGGACCCCAUGUACAUCUACGACGAGUUUGUGCAGCAGCAUCGCAGGCUGGUCAGCAAACUUGACCUGGAGGAGCGCCGGCGGAGGGAAGCCCGCGAAAAAGGUUACUAUUACGACCUGGACGACUCCUGCGACGACAGUGACGAGGAGGAGGUGCGGGCCCAUCUCCGCUGCGUGGCUGAGCAGCCCCCGCUGAAGCUGGACACGUCCUCCGAGAAGCUGGAGUUCCUGCAGCUCUUCGGCCUCACCACGCAGCAACAGAAGGAGGAAUUGCUGAGCCAGAAGCGGCGCAAACGCCGGCGGAUGCUGCGGGAGAGGAGCCCCUCGCCGCCGACGGUGCAGAACAAGCGCCGCACGCCCUCCCCGCGCCUCCCGCUCUCCACCCGCUACAGCCCCGACGAGAUGAACAACAGCCCCAACUUCGAGGAGAAGAAGCGCUUCCUCACCAUCUUCAACCUCACGCACAUCAGCGCCGAGAAGAGGAAAGCUUCCCAUGCCGCAGACAAGGAGAAGCUGGUAGAGAUGCUCCAGGCCAUGAAGCAGAAGACCACGCCGGCCGCCGUGGUGGUGAAGAGCUCCCCACGGGACAGUCCCAGUGGCCCUGCCAUCGAGCCGCUGGUGCCGCCGCUCCCACUGGAUCCGGAUAAACCCGUGGGCAUCGCUGUCUCCGUGCCGGAGGUGCAGAAGACGGUGGAGCCCAGCAGGUUAGACCAGCUGAGACCCCAGGAGCUACCGAGGGCUAAGGAAUCGGCCACCGCGCUGGCAGAGAAGCCCCGGCUGAGCGAUGGGCAUCCCGGGAAGAAGGCACUCAGCAUCCUCAGCUACGUCAGGGGUCCCCUUCCCAAGGACAUCCCGGUGCCGCUGUCCCACAGCAUGAACGGCAAGAGCAAGCCUUGGGAGCCCUUCAUCGCCGAGGAGUUCGCCCAUCAGUUCCACGAGUCGGUGCUGCAGUCCACCCAGAAGGCAUUGCAGAAGCACAAAGGGGGGACGGCGGCGUUGACGGCGGAGCAGAACCACAAGCUCGACACCUCCAUCCACUACAACAUCCCCGAGCUGCAGGCAUCCAGCCGACUGGCUGCCCCACCGCACAACGGCACGGCUGAGGGGCCACUGCCCCACCGGGUGCUGCCCCCGCUGCCCCACGACUCGGCCUCUGAGGAAGAGGAGGAGGAGGAGGAGGAAGAGGAGGAAGAGUACCCCAGGCCCAAGUGGCAAGGGAUCGAGGCAAUUUUUGAAGCUUACCAGGAACAUAUAGAAGAACAAAACCUGGAGCGCCAAGUGCUGCAGACCCAGUGCCGGCGGCUGGAAGCCCAGCACUACAGCCUGAGCCUGACGGCAGAGCAGCUUUCGCACAGCAUGGCGGAAUUAAGGACCCAGAAGCAGAAGAUGGUCUCGGAGCGCGAGCGCCUGCAAGCCGAGCUGGAUCACCUGCGGAAGUGCCUUGCCUUGCCUGCAAUGCAGUGGUCUAGGGGUUAUUUCAAGGGGUAUCCCAGGUGACGCUCCUUGGGCUAGGCCGAACAUAUAGUCUAGAAAUAAUAAUCUAUUUUAUUACCUUGAAUAUUUAAUAUUUUUCACUGGGAGGUUUGAAGCUAAAAAAAAUAAAAUU